AUGAUGUCCUAUCUGAAGCAGCCGCCGUACACGGUGAACGGACUGAGCUUAUCUGCCUCAGGAGUGGACCUGCUGCAUCCAUCUGUGGGAUACCACGGCGCCCCUCGCAAACAGAGGCGGGAAAGGACGACCUUCACCCGGGCCCAGCUCGACGUGCUGGAGAACCUCUUCGGCAAGACCCGGUACCCUGACAUCUUCAUGAGGGAAGAGGUGGCCUUAAAGAUCAACCUGCCCGAGUCCAGAGUGCAGGUGUGGUUCAAGAACCGACGGGCCAAGCAUCGCCAGCAGGCUCAGCAGACCCAGAGUGGAGCGCAGAACAAAGCAGUGACCAGGCCGGUGAAGAAGAAGUGCUCCCCGCUCCGAGAGCCAAGCUCCGAGAGCGGAGCCAGCGGCCAGUUUACGCCGCCCUCCAGCACCUCGCUCCCAGCUGUGAGCGGCAGCGCGGCGCCGGUGUCUAUCUGGAGCCCGGCCUCCAUCUCCCCGCUCUCCGACCCGCUCUCCACCUCCUCCUCCUCCUGCAUGCAGCGCUCCUACCCCAUGGCCUACUCGCAGGCGUCGGGCUACAACCAGGGCUACACGGGCUCCUCGUCCUACUUCACCGGCAUGGAGUGCGGCUCCUACCUGUCGCCUAUGCACCACCAGCUCUCGGGCGCCGCUAUGAGCCCCAUGGGCAGCAACGGCGCGUCCAGCCACCUGAGCACGGCCUCCUCCCUCUCCUCGUCGGCGUACGGAGCGGCGGGCCUCGGCUUCAGCGGCCCCGCGGACUGCCUGGACUAUAAGGACCAGACAGCUUCAUCGUGGAAGCUCAAUUUCAACACGGACUGUUUGGAUUACAAGGACCAGGCAGCGUGGAAGUUUCAAGUGUUGUGA